GGCCCCGUGCGGGGCGCGGAGCGAGAAGCGGGCGCGCCCGCGGCCGCACUAUGAUCCCCAGCGCCGUGGCGGCCCACUCCGGCGCGUACUGGGACGUGGUAGCGUCCUCCGCGCUCCUCAACUUCCCCACAGCGCCGGGCUUUGGCAACCUGGGCAAGAGUUUCCUGAUCGAGAACUUGCUGCGGGCUGGGGGCGCCCCGCCGCACGGGCUGCAGCCACCCACGCACCACGGCCCCGCGUCAGCUCUAGUCGCCGCCGCCGCCGCCACAGCCGCCCGCGCGCAGGUCCGGCCCCUGCCGGCCAGCCCUGUUCCCCUCAAGCUGUGCCCCGCGGCGGAACAAGUCAGCGCCUCCGGCGCGCCGUACGGCACGCGUUGGGCUUUUCAAGUGCUCAGCCCCUCGGCUGACGGCCCCAGGCUGCCGGGCCGGGCCCCGGCGGACCGAGACUGUACCUUCCAGCCUUCAGCCCCAGCGUCUUCCAAACCUUUUUUCCUGAGCACCCCUCCAUUCUACUCGGCAUGCUGCGGUGGGUCCUGUCGGCGCCCUGCAUCCCCCACUGCUUUUGCAAGAGAAGAGAGCGUGCUGCCUCUCCUGACACAGGACUCUAACUCCAAAGCUCGGAGGGGUAUUUUAAGAAGAGCUGUUUUUUCUGAGGAUCAGAGAAAGUCUCUGGAGAAAAUGUUUCAGAAGCAGAAAUAUAUCAGCAAAACAGACCGAAAGAAACUCGCCCUCAGCUUGGGACUAAAGGAAUCACAGGUGAAAAUUUGGUUUCAGAACAGAAGAAUGAAGUGGCGGAAUUCCAAAGAGAAGGAAGUGCUUUCCAACAGGUGUGUCCAAGAAGUAGGCCUUCCAGAGGAUCCCCUUUCACGGUCUGCUCUGGGGUUCCCUUCUCCAUGUCCUUCGCUCUGGGAAGUCUCCCAGCAGCACUCGAGUCCAAGAUGGAGGGAGAAUUCACCAGAACCUUCAGAAAGACUCAUCCAGGAGAGUUCACGGGCAGCGCCCCUGGAAGCAAAGUCACUGCAGGGUGCCUUAUAUUUGUGUUCCGAAGAAGCUGGAGACAAGAGUGUCCUUGCUGGGGCGGUCUGAAUCUAAGCCUUCCUCUAUGUUAAUUUAAAAGGACGCUUAACUAAUAGCAUUUGGACUCUAAAGCCAGCUAGCUUGUGCCUCAUCGGUGCCUAAAAUGUACUACCUUUGGAGUGAUGCAUGAACUAAUACUUUAGGAAACCCUCUCCAGUGUUCUCUUGUUGGGCUCCCACACUCAGGCUUAAUGUUUAAGUGGAAUAGAAUCUCCCAGAAAGUACAAAGGAACUGAAAAAAUGAGAGUUACAGUUAGCUCAGUCCCUGCUCUGAAUAUGUGUGUAUAUAUGUGUUUGUCUUUACGUGUGUAUAUAUAUAAAUAUUCAUUGAAAUACAUUAGUAGGACUAGUUCCUCUUUAAAUAUUGUACCAAGCAAAUUCAUGUCCUUUUAUAUGAGGAAAAAACAAUUAUUGACUGGAUGUUAAUAAUUUUUUGAAAAUAAUGUAAUAUUUGGAUUUUGGUCCAACAUGUUUUUUUUUUUUUUUAAUUCCCUAUUUUCUGGUUUCUUUCAGUGUCCAGCUAUAAGUGAAACUUUAACAACUCAGCUCAGCUACCCUAAUCGAAUGAGCCACUAUUAGAUAUAUACACUGAAAGUAUAUACUUAAAUGUAAUCCAACAAGAAAACUAGAAGAAUUUCUGAAUGAGACUAUUAGAACCCUAAAUUUUCCAAGUCUCUGGACUUCAUCAGGACAUCAUUGAGGGAGGUACCCAUUUAACUAAUGAUUAUCUUUUGAUCUCUUCUCUGUGAGGAUGGGCCUUAAUCAAGGUUUGCAAAAUGAAAUGCCUUUAAGGGCCUAUCAGUAAAGAAAGGGCAUGGUCCACUUAAAAAUAUUUGAGUUUAAUAAUUUACGAAAUACUGUGUUGGGCAAAUGAAACCUCUGUGCCAAGCAGUUUGUGACCUCUGGCCAAGACUUAAAGAAAUGUCACAGUUCCUAAAAUGUUCCCAACUGGACUUCAAAACACAAUACUGAGGGAACUGGUAGUGGAUUUCUGUUUGCACUUCUAGUUAUAGACUCAAUUUUCCACUUAGGUGGUAUACACUAUAUAUAUUAGGUUAUUUUUAUGUAUUAACAAGCACCACACAGAUGUUUUGUGUGUUUUGUUGUUCCUGAAAUAGUCGUAUUAUAAAAUUGCAUUUCUGGUAACGAUUUGCUUAGUUAAUCUAGAAAUUUUUAUUCAAGGUCCAAGAAAAAAUUACGUUUCACUUUGAAGGAAAUGAGGCAGAAAAAGGAAUUGAUGUGGUUUCGAACUAGGUUAUUAUUAAUCUGUGGACAAGAAACGUUAUUAGAAGUUCAUGUUGUGGAAUUUUGUUAGUGAGAAAGCUGUGUAAAGGGAGUGGCUUCUAAUUUGCUUAAAUUCCUAGUUAUAGACUUUGAAGCUUUAGGGUUUAGAGAAGGUAAUAUCUAAAAGGACAACCGUUUUAGUUGGCAUCAGGAAAUGAUUUUGUCUGAGCGUGAUUAGAAUUGGGGUAUGCAAAAAAAAAAAAAAAAAAAGAAUUAGGGUAUGCUAGCUUGUGUCUUUAUCACGAGAUGCUUUACUUAAAAGUCCUCUCAGAAGAAGCUUGUCCUAGUGUCUCUGUGGGAAAGAGGAGCAGGGAUCUGCGGACAACAAUUUAAAAUUUAAAACCUAUCUUAAAAUGAUUUGUAAUAUUGUUGUUGUUGUUGUUGUUUUCCCCUUGGUAGAAUGUUAACCUCACCUACAUUUAUUGGAUGCACCAGAGAAUGUGCUAAGCCUUUAGGGUGAAUUAAUUCAUGGUGGUCCUCAUGACAGUAGCCGUAGGAGGUAGGCGUUAUUAUUGUCAGGAUUGCUUUUUCCCAGGUGAGGGCGUAAGGCUAUGAGUAGGGUGAUGGCCCAAGGUCAUGAGGUUAAUAAAUGGGAUUUGGACCUGGCCAUCAAGUUUCAAAUCUUGAAAUCCUACCAGCCAUAUUGGGGGGUGUGUGUGCAUACCACUGUAGAAUGUAUUCACCAGCUAUGGGAUGCAUUGUAAGACAUAACGUUUCUGGGAUUGCAGUAAGAUUUAUUAAAGAAUUUCAGAAGUGUAUUGUACUUUAUGAUCUCUUACUUGGGGAAUGGUUUUCUUUCUAGUGUUCUCUUCUCUAUUAACUUUGAAGUUUGGGGAACGUAAAGAAUUGCAAAAGCCUUUAACUAUGAAGCCUCUAUAGAAAAUAGUCCCAUAGGAGUGUUUCAGUGAAAUGAAACUAUGUUUUUUUAUCACUCACUGCUAAAAAUUUAAAGUGCUUAUCUAUGGUUAAUGUUUCUUGAGAAUAACUUGAAGUUAAAUGAGAGCAACCUGCUUCACGGCACCUGAUAAGCCAGGUUUUAUGUGGGCUAAUUGGUGCUCAAAUGAUCUUCCCCAGACUUUUACGCCAAGCUCUGAGACUCAGCAGGGGCUUUUUUAUACUGUAAGGUUGGCCUGAUAUUCAAAUAUGCAAAUAAAUAUUUUAAUUGGUUUCUACUCUGGAAUGCCUUAAGGCUCCGGAAAGUACAGUUUAGAUGACUAUGUUAGGGAUACUUAGGACACAUGCAGAGACGCGUACACUUGGUGCUCAUACGUAAGCCUGCUGUGCCUUCACUUUGCCUUCACUCACCUGAAUUACUUGAGAGAACUACUGAGUGUGGUAUUCUAAUGGACAGUUCUCUCUUAAUUUGUAGUCUGCCAACUCUCCACCCACCCCACCUCCCUCUACCUCAAAGACUUACACAUGUAUUUUCCCCUGUUCUCUCGAUGCAGAUUCCUUUUCUCCAUGUGGUCACAUAUUCAUGUAUUUGUUGUCUGCUCUCCAGGAAAAUUCUGCUCUGGUAAGCACCCAAACCAGAGAAGCCUGGAGGCAAAGGUAUUUUAAAAUUUUUAGAAGACAUUUUCCCAUGGAUUUUAGGCAGGUGAGAAGGAAAAAAAAAAUGGUUAGCACCAUCCUCUAGCUUGUACAAAGGUAAAUAUUUUAUAAAGCUAAAUAUAAAGAGUUGGAAGUAUAUAGUGGGUUAGGAAUGGUCGCUGGGUCUGGAGACAGUGAAGGCCACGGUCAUUGAAGUUGAAAAGGCAAUUCUGUUUUCUUAGUGAUGAAGUGGGUUGAAUGGGGAACCCAACUGCUUGCUCCAAUGAUUCUCAAACUUCAUAAAUUCAUACAUAUGAACAUUCCAUACCUUCCAACCAGUUUUGGGUAUGUGCUCAGAUUUCUGCAAUAUACCUCAUACAUUCUCUUCACCAGCCACACCUCCCACUCUACCCCUUGAGAAUCAUUACACAUGUUUUUCUCUUUUCAAAUAUAAAUUAAUAAUUAAAUAUGCUCGUUCAGGCCACCCAUGUCCUUUCUGGCCCCUCUAAUUCUGCAUUCUGAUUCUUUUUUUUUUUUUUUUUAAAUCUACACACUCCUCAGCAUGUUCCAUGACCUAACUGCUAAUGACCAGUGAUUUCUUCAAGCUCUGCUGGCCUCUUAUACAGCAAAGCUCAUUCCACUGUGUUCAUAAGCUUGUUAGACACUGCCUCUGCAGUCAUCUGAAAUCCACAAAAAUAUUUUUUCUUUUUGGAUUUCAACACUUACUGGGUACUUGGUGUGAGGCACAGUCCUAGGCUCUGUAUAAACAAAUGUGAGGAAGAACGUGGUCCUUGCCCUCAAGAAACUUACAAUCAGUCUUUUUGCCAAACAACUUUUGAUAUAUUCCAUGUGUCAGUAACUGGAUCAGGUAAAUUUGGAGCAAAAAAUAAACUUCUAAGGUCCUCUAAAACCACUAUCUCUCCAUGUGCAAUUAGUGGGGCAGGGCGAGGGGGAGUGGGGCAAAGUUUAUUAAGUGCCCCACUAUUCAGAAAAAUACAAGCUACCUGGCAUUAUUGGUUUUCUAUCUCUCCUCCAUUCAGGCCACAUUGGUCCCAAAAGGAGUCAGAGCCUAAGGGAAGAAUUCAUUAUUUUUUUAUUGAUGAUAGUGCAUCCUACCCUCUACUUUUGUAUUUCUACCUUCUCAGUCUCAGAUCAAUCUGAGGUGGUGGGUGGGAACAGGGAAGGAAAAGCAAAUAACACAAGUGAUGGAGAAACUAGGAUGAUAAGUAUUCUCAAAUAUAUAAGGAAAAUUUUGCAUAAUUAAUUUAUAUUAUUUAUAAACCGUCUCUAAAAUAAGUAACUACUUUAAGAAUGUUGUACAAGCCUCACAAAGAUGGUUAUUACCUUCAGCCAUUAGUUGAGUUCCAUUACAAUGUUAUUUUUGGUUGUAAGAGUGACACAUGCUCAUUGUGAAGAAAUACCCUUGAAAAUUUAGCUAACAAAAAUCCCUGUGUAAUUACACCAUUUGGAUAUAGCCAAUUUAGCUCUUUUAUGAAAAACUUUCACUUUGAAUGUAUGUACAUGUAAAGGUGUGUAUGACUAAACAAAUUUGGUCAUGUUAUGUAUACAGUCUAUCCUGCUUUUUUUAACUCAACUUUUUACAGAGAACAUUUCCCCAUGCCAUUUAAUAAA